CCAAGAUCAGUACUCGCCAUCCCAGCGGAUAGAGAGCACGCCGGGCUAUAGACUAUACUAGAGACAAUGUGACAGUGACUUGUGGUGUUGUUUUGGUCCAGCAAUGUCGUGCACGAUGGUUCACACAACUAGACCGAGGCCGUCACAAUGAGCGAGGCGUCCACCUCCUAUGAGAUGCAAGUCAAGAAUGACAGGGACAAACCAGCUCUCGCGGCUGGGAAGAUCUUCUAUAACCCUGGAGUCAUUGAAGAGGAGACGGAUGAAACCAGUGUUCUAGAUAGUUCCAUGGUGGAAUCCCCCAGGGUGGAGUACAGAGGAACGUUUCUAAGGCCGCCCACGUUGUCACCUUCGUCAGCGAGUCUCCAUCGAGUGCCGACGUACAGCAGUUCCAUCGGAUACAGCACGGUCUACCGACAGGAUACUUGCAGGAAUCGGUCGCACCGACAUGGAGCCUCGAGGCGGACUAGGAGGCGGGCCAUCCUCAAGAACGGCGAGUGCAACAUCCUUAAGUCGAGGAUCUCGCAGCGCCGCAUGCGGUUCCUGCAGGACAUGUUCACAACGCUCGUGGACGCGCAGUGGCGCUGGACGCUGCUCGUGUUCACGCUCUCCUUCAUCCUGUCCUGGCUGGGCUUCGCGCUCAUCUGGUGGCUGAUCGCCUUCACCCACGGUGAUCUAGAAGAUGAUCACCUCCCGGAAAUGCAGGAGGCGAACAACUGGAAGCCGUGCGUGUUCAACAUCCAUGAUUUCACGUCGUGCUUUCUCUUUAGUAUUGAGACGCAGCACACUAUAGGUUACGGGUCACGGACGACCACGGAGGAGUGCCCCGAGGCGAUAUUCAUCAUGUGCCUGCAGAGUAUAGUCGGCGUGAUGAUCCAGGCCUUCAUGGUCGGCAUAGUGUUCGCCAAGAUGACGAGGCCGAAGCACAGGACGCAGACUCUCCUGUUCUCGAAGUACGCCGUCGUCUGCCAGCGGGACGGCGAGCUGUGCCUGAUGUUCCGAGUCGGUGAUCUGAGGAAAUCUCACAUAAUCGGUGCCAGCGUGCGGGCCCAGCUGAUCCGAUCUCGAACGACGAAGGAGGGGGAACUGCUGUCCCACUAUCAGACCGAGCUGGAGUUGAAUGCGGACGGAUGCGACAGCAACUUAUUCUUCAUCUGGCCGAUUACGAUGGUGCACAGAAUAAACGCUGAGAGCCCGUUCUACGGUGUAUCCGCAGCAGACGUGCUGCAGGAGCGUUUCGAGAUCGUAGUGAUUCUGGAGGGGACGAUCGAGUCGACGGGUCAGACGACGCAGGCGCGCUCCAGCUACACGACGAGCGAGGUGAUGUGGGGACACCGGUUCGCCCCGCUGGUGUCCUACAACCGGGAGCGGCAGGGAUACGAGGUGGACUACUCCAAGUUCGACGAGACCUCGCAGGUCGAUACCCCACUCUGCUCGGCGAAGGAGCUCGACGAAUUUUACGGGAACCAGGCCGAUAGGAAGUCUAUUGAGAGCACAGAGCACUUGGUGCUGAAGCCGCCCCCCCGCGCAGCAGACAGCCCCGCACCCCCCACCACACCCGCCACACCCGCGCUCAAGGCCGAGCAGAGAAACGGCGACUUUACCGUCACACUUUAGCCUGUUAAGAAAAAAAAUCUGGAACGUUCGAAAUUUAACCGGAAGCAGCUGUUUGACACAACAAGAAUAAAUUUGAAUUUGGACAGGUAACGGUCGUUUCUGUCAAAAAUAGAAUAUUUUGAAUCUCUAUAUUUUUUUUGUUGGAUUAUGGAUAUUUUUUUACGAUUUAUUAUUGUGGAGUCGAAUAGAUGGCUGUUAUCUCAUUAUUAUAAAUCAUUUUUUGUUAUGUUCGUCAAAGCUUACAAAAAUACAAUUCCUGUAAGAUCUAUUUAAUGUUAAUUAGUGUUAUGACGUGUUACAAAUAAAAUGUCAGUAAACAAAGGCUUAUGUAUUGAUCUUUCAUUGCUCAUAUUACAUAGUACAUAUUGUAUCACUAGUCACCUCGUUUUAAUAAUUACAUAUUGUUAGUAUGUUAGUACUAAGAACAGUCUUCCUUUGUGGUUGUGUUGAGUAUGAAUAAUUUUUGACUCUUUUUAAUGGGAACACUUACGUUAACACGUUUCCUGAUCAGUUUUUUCCGGAUUUUUCCGAUGUUGUGGAAAAUUGAUAGAGGAAACAGCGUGUUCUCAUCUCAAGAAUUCAAAGCAAAUAUAUUAUGCUUUAAUAAUAAUUGUAUAAUGAAUUCAGGAUUAAUAGUUUUCUAGGCUUCUAAUGUUAUAAAUUGUGAAAAUUGGAUAUCUCAAGCAUUAUUAUAAAUGUCAAUAUUUUUGUAAAAAUUUAUCAAUGUCUCCUAUUUACAUGUACCUAAUCGUGAUGAAUACUGGUCUAAAUAUACAUAAUAUUUUAAGUAAAAUCUUAUUCAGUCUCAUGCAAGGGUAGAUAAAUUAAUGUUCUUCAUACUAAAUAGAGAUCUUCAAAUCGCUCUUACAAUUUUUACGUAGAGCAUAUGUUAAAUCUUCUGAUUUCCCUCUUGUUAAAUAAACUAGAACGGCAUAGAAUCUCAUACCCUGAAAUGUUCCUGUGAGGUUCAAACAAACAGUAUUAAUAUAUUUUUAUAUACAUAUUUAUUACGUUAUUGUUAAGAUAGAGAUCACUAUUGUACCGAUGUAAAUAUUUGAAUGAAUAAUUUAUGUUGAUAUGUU